UAUCUUGGGCCGACCGCUGAGAAUACACCAGUUCACCUCCCACCCUUGGCUCACUUCCUACUUCAGGCCAGUAGGCUGAACAAACAAAGAUGACAUUAAUCCCUAUUACAGCGGUGCUUUUCGGCCUUCUUGACUCCGUUGACCGGCCUCAGCUCGCGCCUGAUGCCGUAGGUAUGUUUGUUACUAUAUCGUGAAUCGCUUCAUCUCGCUGCCUCUGAUAACCUGCAUUUCUAUGUGAUCACACAACAAGCUCAACAUGGAGUCCCAUACCAAGCGGAGACAUGCUCCGCAUUGGCCUCCAUUCAAACAGUCAUAUCAGCAACUGGGCUCGACCGAACAUGUUCACCUUACCCCUCUGCCGCCGACGACUGGUGGCUCCCAAAGGUCGAGCCUGCCGAGCGCAAACUUGUUCAGUCCGGACCUCAGUAGCACCACAGCAUACACCCCGGAUCCCAUGAGCGGCACACCCACCGCGCUCUUGAGGUCUCCCAGCAAGUCGGCGGCUACACGCAAGAAAAGUUGGUUUGGCCAGGGAUGGAAAGCAAGUUCGAAGAUAGCGCUGGGCUGCGCCAUAUUCGUGCUGGUUACAAACAUCUGUCUGACUAUCGCCAUCGUGACCAGCGGCAAGUCGAUGAAGAACGGAGUUUAUAUGGUCUAUGAAGGAAGUUGCAGCCAGACUCAAGUCAAGGAUACGUGGGUACAUUUAUGCUUGAACAUGGUCGCAACCAUACUACUGGCAAGUUCGAACUACUGCAUGCAACUGCUCACGUCUCCGAGUCGAAGCGAGCUAGAUAGAGCCCAUGCAAAACGGAAGUGGCUGGACAUCGGCAUACCCAGUAUACGGAAUCUCGGGUCCCUGAGUAAGAAAAAGGUCGCACUGUGGUGGAUGCUGGCGAUUUCUUCGGUUCCUCUUCACCUGAUAUACAACUCUGUCUUCUACUCCGCGCUUGCCACAAACAACUACAGCGUCCUGUAUGCCUCUGAAAGCUUCGUCGAUGGCGCAUCUUAUAAUACGACCAAGUUCCCCAAUACUGAACAGUUGAACAUCACCGACAUCCAGACGAGAGCCAAGUCAUUCCAGGUACUCAACAACGAAGACUGCAUCCAUUCUUAUGCGAAGGAUUUUGUCGAGGACCGUAGCAAUGUGAUCGUGGUGGUCAAAGACCCGCCAACAGACGAGGGCUCACUCUUCGAAACCGCCGACAACGAAUUUCCUGAAGUCAUUACUCCAGAGUACGAUGCGUUCGCUUGGAUCUGCGACAAUCCAAAUGUCGCCAAUGAGACGGGUGCUUGCUGUAAGAAUGAGUACGGCAUUGUACCCUGCCGCAAAAUCACUCCGAAACUCCUCGACAUGGCGGACACAUGGUCGACAGGCGGGUUCCAAGUGGAUCAUUGCUUAUCGGAACGUGUACAAUCACAAUGCCAUCUUCAUUUCUCUCUGGACCUCAUUGCCGUGGUCUUGGCCUUCAAUAUCCUCAAGGUCAUUGGCAUAGGGUACGUGGCCUUCAAUCUCGGAGAAACGCCCCUGGUCAAUGUUGGCGACGCUAUUCAGUCCUUCCUGCGCAUUCCUGACCACACUACCGAGGGCAUGUGUCUAGCUAGCCACGCGAGCGUUGUUGCCUCCUCAAAAAUAGGCUAUUUAGCAAUGCCGACUCGAUAUGAUCCCAAGCAAUACCGAUAUUAUCAUGCAGCAACAUGGGGCCAGUGGACCUUCCUGAUGUCCAUAUUCACCCUGGUGAUUGUCGGCACUGCAGUGUGCUUAGCACUGGGCAUCAGGAAUUUCGUUGGCGAAAAGACAAUUGGGAAUGCAUGGUCGAUCGGGUUGGGCAACGUAAAACCCGAGAACCUCGUCAUGGGCUUGAGUAUAGGCUACGGCGACAGAUCCAUUGCGAUAUCGACCCUGAUUGCCAACACGCCACAAGCCAUAUUUUCCUUCCUGUACGUCUGCUACAACGCGCUCUUUACAGUCAUGUUCCUCUCCCGCGAGCUUUCACGCUUCAGCGUCACUGCCGGUCGUGGUCGAAAAUACCUCCGCGUGACCGAUUCUCGAGGCGAACAAAAGAGCACAUACUUCCUCAGUCUGCCGUACAAAUACGGCAUUCCUUUACUGGUCGGCUCUGGGCUGUUGCACUGGCUGGUCUCGCAGAGUAUAUUUCUCGCCAACAUCACCAUCAUCCCACGCGACGGCGAGGUGCCGAUGCAGGAUGAGAUCACCACGGUGGCAUACUCACCCAUUGCCAUGCUGUUUAUACUGUUUGUCGUCUUCGCACUGCUUGUCUUCGUGUUCGCCAUUGCUAUGCGCAAAUUGCCCAUGGGCAUGCCGCUCAUUGGGAGCAAUUCGCUAGCUAUCAGCGCCGCUUGUCAUCCCCCCAUGGGCCUGGACCAGAGCGAGCGCGAGGAUAUGGUGUUACGUCCGCUGAACUGGGGAGCCGUGCCCGGUGCAGGCAAGGUUAGUGACUUGGGCAUUCGAGGUUACGAAGUGGAAAGUCCAGAUGAUGGGCAGAACGUGGGACAUUGUUGUUUCAGUGAUCAGCCCCUCGAGCCACCUGAACGAGGGAGGUUUUAUGCAUGAUGUUUCUUUUUCUCAUGCUUAUGCAUAGCGUUCAUCAGGGGGAACUGCAUAGCGACGGCAUUGAGCAUCUUAUCAUACUAUUUUGACAGA